AUGUGCACGGGUACGUACCUGCUGCCGCGCAGACGCCAGAGCACCUCCACCACAGUGACCAACGAGGGUAGGCGGGAACGGACGACAAGCUAUGAGGUAAUGCGGCUUAUCUCGGCUUGCAGCAGCACAAGGGCGCACUGCAGUGGAGUCGAGUCAAGCUGGAGGAAGAGAGAAGCUUGUCUACGUGCUGCUGUUACCCAUACGAGCCAUGCUGCCUACCUAAACACAAAGCAAAAGAGAAGCACCACCACAGGGCAGACCAAUCAGUUUCCUGAACAAGCAACCUCCUGCUUUUUGCUCGUAAUCGCGACUCACACAAACAGCAAGUCAAGGUACUUUUGGAGUGCAGAGAGCUUCCCGACCGUCUCACCUGCAGAAACUCACCGUCUUGUCCGCGGUCGCACAAAAUACGUGCCCCUGCUGCCGUCAUCGCCAUCAAUUCCCGACGGCCCUCUUUUUGGCCCUUGCCUUCCCUUUUCCUGGUCUCUCGUCUCUCGUCCAGCCACCACUCCUGCUACUUGCACCUCCUUUGAAGACAUCCAUUUUCGAGACAACUCCAUCCUCAGCCGUGUGCCCAAAGUCAAUGGCCUGCGACAACCGCUAGCUGCAACAAGACGAACUCCCGAGACCGACCUCGAGUCGCAUUCUGCGGCCCCAUCCCAAGAGUCCUCGGGGCUCACACCUCUCGACUCCUUCCUCCCCGACAACACUUCCUCUCCGGGGGACCUCAGCCCGCUGCCGAGGGCCCCCUCUGGACACUCUCACCCAGCCCCGGCCUCUCUCAGUGUCUCUACGGGCUCCCUUCGAGGAAGAGGAAUGUCUCUCGACGAAAGGACUGCUGCUUCUACACCCGCGGAGUAUGGGCCUCCCCCGACCUCCGUCACAGACUACACUCACUCGAAGACCGCCGCACUGCCAUCCCCCAUAUCAACAGCUAUCCCCAAGGCGGUAUACGCUUCUUCGACCACCAACAUGCCCGACCCAUCGCUGUCACGCUUUGAGCGCUGGGCGACUCGCGCUUCCGACUCCCAGUUCAACGCGCUGGCUGGUGCGAUAGGAGGGUUUACUUCGGGUAUAGUAACCUGUCCCCUCGACGUCAUCAAGACCAAGCUUCAGGCCCAGGGUGGAAUCAAUCUACAGAGGGGAAUCCAUGUCGGUCAACCCCAGAUGUACAAAGGCCUGUUUGGCACAGCCAGUGUGAUCUGGAGAGACGAGGGUCUGCGCGGCAUGUAUAGAGGUCUCGGUCCCAUAAUCAUGGGCUAUCUGCCGACUUGGGCUGUUUGGUUCACUGUCUACAACAAGAGCAAAACAGUGAUAGGCCAAUACCACAACAAUACGAUCGUCGUCAAUUUCUGGUCGUCCAUUGUGGCCGGGGCCAGCAGCACAAUUGUCACAAAUCCCAUAUGGGUCAUCAAGACACGCCUCAUGUCACAGUCAGGCCGGAGCGACAGAGCCCGAUUUUCUCUGUUCCCCAGAGGCGCCAACACGCCCACGGUCCGACCGGCCAUGCAUUCGCAAUUCCACUAUUACUCCACUCUGGACGCCGCAAAGAAAAUGUACACCACUGAGGGACUUCGGGCUUUCUAUUCAGGCCUCACGCCGGCUUUACUGGGUCUGACCCACGUGGCAGUGCAGUUCCCUGCCUAUGAGUAUCUCAAGACGAGAUUCACGGGACAGGGCAUGGGCGCCUCAUCCAGCGAAAGCGAUCCCAAGUCGCACUGGCUUGGCAUUCUCAGCGCCUCGAUCUUGUCCAAGAUCAUGGCCAGCAGUGCCACUUACCCGCACGAGGUCAUACGGACACGACUCCAGACCCAAAGACGGCCGAUGCCUGGCAAUGGCGUGGUAGUGGACCCGGUGAGCGGGAUCCCAGGCCUCAACCAUCCUUUAGGUCCCGCUCCGACAGAGACCGAGAACAUAGUCAAGCAAAGGCUUGAAGAGCAGCAGCAGCAACAGCAGCAGAAGUAUCGGGGCAUUGUUAGAACUUUCAGGACCAUCCUGAAGGAGGAGGGCUGGAGAGCCUUCUAUGCCGGCAUGGGAACAAACAUGAUGCGGGCAGUUCCGGCUGCUACGGUCACCAUGUUGACUUAUGAGUUUGUUAUGCGCGAGCUCAACGGCACCCGAGAGCAUGGUAAAGAAAAGUCCAGCGGCAUGACCCGCGAAUUGUCCUUCGGCUCCAGUUCUCGGCUGAUUCUACCGGCCGAGGAUGGCCUCAUUUGA